AUGAAGACAUUUGUGAGACUCCUGGUUGCGGCAAUUGGUGCUAAAACGGCAUCCAGUCAAGUCAAAAUCCCAGACGUAUAUCACUUCCGGCGCGAGGACAUUCUAUCUCACCAUGAUGCGGACACAGCUCCAGACCAUAACAGUACUAUUGAUUUACCAGCUAUCGGCGCAGCCACAGUAGCACUCACAUUUCCAACUGCCACGGUCACUUUUACUCGAUAUGUCACUGAACGACUGCACGUUGAGAUCCAAGCUACGACCGAUACUGCUGUCGAUGCUUUACUCACUACCUGGUGGGGGCUGAAACAUGCUGCCUACGUGCAAGGAGCCGGAUUCCACGACUUUGACAUUCCCAUUGAACCGACAUGGGCUGGUCGAAUCAAGGUUGAAAUUGAUUGA